CUGCCGUGCCAGGAGCACCGGGCACCGGCGGCACCUGGUACCCCUGAGGUGGAGCAUCAGCAUCCGGCUUGGCACCGGGCACUGCCAGGGGCUGUGUCCGAAGAAGGAUGAGGGUCUUACACCUGUUGUGGCACCCAGGACCAGGGGGGUGCACUGGGACCUGGCAGGGAGGUUACUGGAAGGUACCUGUGCCAUGACCACCACCACCGAGAGCACCACAGAGACCACCACCACUGACACAACCACCACAGAGACAACCACGACCACCACGGAGAUGACCACCGAGACGACCACCACCACCUCCCUGACCACCACCCCAAAAAUCACCAUCACAAGCAGCAAUGGGGCACAACCAGCCCCUCCUACAGCCUUCCCCAGCACAAGCAACACCGCAAGUUUCCAGCCCAACAACACCACUGCCAACAGUACCACGGUGCCUACCCUCAUCAGCUCUGUCACCCCCUACCCCAACAUCACCAUCACAAACAGCAGCACCUUGUUCCCCACCUUCAGCACCAACAGCAGCACCGUGGCUCCCACCUCUGCCACCAACACAAUCAACAGCACCACUGUGGCUCCCACCUUUGCCAACAACACAACCACCAUCAGCACUGUGGGUCCCGUCUCUGCCACCAGCAUAACCAACAGCAGCACCACGGCUCCCACCAUUGCCACCAGCAUAACCAAGAGCAGCACCGCAGCUCCCACCAUUGCCACCAAUACAACCAAGAGCAGCACCACAGCUCCCACCAUUGCCACCAACACAACCAAGAGCAGCACCACAGCUCCCACCAUUGCCACCAAUACAACCAAGGGCAGCGCUGCAGCUCCCACCUCCGGCACGGAGGGUGGCACAGUGAUUCUCACCUCCAGCACCAAAAGCAGCAGCACCCACACCGUCCCCACACACACAACCUCUGCCACAGCCCCUGCAGUGGCACCGGGCGGCAGCACCACUCCCAGCCCCAAUGCAGCCACCGCGGUGCAGCUGCUGCUCAGCAUCCCUCUGUCCUUCCGCAUCCUCAACAGGAGCUUCAAUGAGAGCCUGCGUAACCCUUCCUCCGAGCAGUACCGGAGCCUGAGCCGCUCUGUGCUGGCCAUGUUUUACCAUGUCUAUGGCAGUGGGCAGAGCUACAAGGGAUGCAGUGAGCUCCAUUUCAGCCAAGGCUCCGUGGUCGUGGAGUCCACCCUCGUGUUUGGCCAGGGCAACACCACCAUCUCCAGCGCUAUCGCUGAGCAGCAGCUCAAGAACAACAUGAACCAGGAUGGCUUCAUCAUGGACCUGCAGCUGGCUGACAUCCGGAGCAACACGGAGGGGACGUCCCCAGCGAUGGUGUCUGCCGUGCCAGGCUGGGGCAUUGCUCUGCUGGUCCUGGUCUGCAUCCUGCUGCUGCUGAGCAUCCUCGCCUGCCUCCUGCUGACAAUCUGCGCCUGCCGCCGGAAGACCCGUGGGAAGCUGGACCUGUUCAGCACCAAGGAUUCCUACCACCCCAUGGCCGAGUACCUGCAGUACCAGAGCCACGGGCGCUACGUGUCCCCCAGCAGCAAACCCAACCCCUACAGCCAGGUCGCUGGCAGCAACGGCGCUGGGACCGGUACCUUCACCUACACCAACCCUUCCGCUACCUCCGACAACCUCUGAGUGACACCGGCACACACGAGGAGAGGGCUCGGAGGGGGGGACAGCCCCGGCCCCGGCUUGUGCCCCCCCCUCCACGGGCAGCAGGAGCUGGAUGGUUCUGGAGCAGCCGGAUUCAUGCGCAUGACAGAACAGGAUGGACAGGGCUUGGGAUCCAGGCUGGGACGAGGGGUCCCUGCGCCCCCGGUUCCUGCACGUGCUUGGCUUUGCA